GACUUUUGAAAGGAAAAAGGCAUCUUUUUUUGUAAUCAAAUGGGCGCUUGCAAGCGUUAAAGUCCGCCAAGAGCCGAAGGGCCGAAAAAUGCGGCGGAAGCGGAAGUCGUAAAGCGGUAGGGAGCAGUGACGCCCCGAUGGAGGGAUGUUUGCGGAGAACCUGUUUUGUCGCCCGUUUAUCGUCCCCCGUCCAAAGCGGUUGGUUUUCCCCGUCGAAGCUAUUGGCGCACCGAGCAAUUGGUAACCACGACCACGGCCAGAUGGAACAGAUAUUUGGAUUGCGACCCUCCCCCGCCAUCUUUUCCAAGUUUCCUGUCGUCGUCCAUUCGCGUUUUUUGACCUUUUGAGGGCCUUCCUGAUUUUCAAAGGGAUUCAUGUGGCCUUCCCCUCAUGGGAGAGGUUAUAGCUCUUCCUAUGCGGACGCUGCUUGUCAGCAGCAUCCACCACUACCACCUCCAGUAUCCACCGUAGCUCAAUCGGAACAUUCGUAUAGUUCUUCUCCAUUAAAUGCCCGUCCAUCCUCUUCUUCCUCCUCUACCUCUCAUCCGAAUGAAAUGAGCCAUUAUCGUCAGCAAUACCCAACUGCUCCAUACAUGCCUUUGACGGCUGAGCAGCGCAUACAGCGACCCCCAGCUGAGCACACUACUUUUACGCCGCAUCGGACAUCCCAUUCGCUCUCAUCUCACCCAUCCGUUCCGUCGUCACAAUAUUAUGGUGAACUUGCCCACUACGACAGCAGCGAUCUCAAUCCGCGACCGAUCACGAGUCCAUUUUACAUCGAACAACCGCGACAAUCACAGGAACCACAACAAUUGCACCCUCGAUUGCCAGAGGGUGACAGGGUCGAUGAACGUGUUCAAGGACGACGAUACGAACUUCGAAUUCGACAGCAACCUGCUCGAGCACGCAUGUCGGGAUUUGGAAAUUCAGACCGACGACCGGUCGACCCACCACCGAUACUGCAGCUCUAUGCGUAUGGUCCCCGCGGUGUAGAAAACAUAGACAUCGACGAGGCCUGCCAGCUUGUCGUCCACGCAUCGCUCUGGAGUUCAGAUGGCUCAGAGGACCGCAACAUUGUCGUUAGUCCAUACUACUACGUCACACGACGGGAAGGUGCAGACAACGAGGAAAGAGGCGACGCCGACGACGAACGCAUCGAAUUUGGGUCCCCAUCCAUGUCUCGUCGCUUGAGUGGAUCUGGCGGCGCUCCUAGCGAAAGCAUGUUGGAACGGCGAAAGAGCACUGGGAGCGUCAGCCGGGAGAUGCCGCGUGAAACGGAUCAGAGGCGCGACAUGAUCCAAACGCUGGUGGGAUCUGUGGUGAGCCCUUGCGUCGCACUGGAGGAUCUUGAAGAGCGAGAAGGCCUCUUUUUUGUCUUUCAUGACCUAUCCAUACGAACACCUGGACAGUACCGGAUUCGGUUUAGUCUAUUGAAGCUCUCAAGCAAGGCAACAGUAGAUGGAGCCGAUCCAGGAACACCCAUCCUUGCAACAGCCAUGAGUGAUGUGGUUUCCGUGUAUCAACCAAAGCGUUUUCCCGGUCUAUUGGGCACGACUGAAUUAUCGGAAUGCUUUGCACGACAAGGCAUACCCAUCCAUGUACGAAGAAACCGAACAAAGAAACGAGGCGAUUGAAAGGAACCCUUUAUUUUUUUUUUUCUUUUUACUUGAGUCGUAAUAUGUGUGAAAGGGAGUAAUUUGAUGAGACUGUAUAGAUUUUCCAACUGAAUUCAGGAUCAUUAUGCAUCGACAUCGUGCAAUACAAUGAGUAUACAUUGCAUGAUGAGAGUCUUCAUGUCGCCCCGAUGAAU